CUCGUGUCACGUGUUCAGUGUUUCCGCUUAAACCGGAAGUGCUUCUUCAUCUUCUGCAGCAGCUGCGUGUGUGUCGCGUUGCUAACUGUCACAAAUGUGAUCGUGUCUCAGGUCGUCUUCAGGUCGUCUCCCCGUGUCUCUGCGUGUCUCGGCUGGUUAACGGAGAGCGAUGUCCGGUCCGGAGCUGCUGCUGGACUCCAGCAUCCGGCUGUGGGUGGUGCUGCCCAUCGUCUUCAUCACGUUCUUCGUGGGGAUCAUCCGUCACUACGUCACCCAGCUGCUGCACAGCGACAAGAAGGUGGACCUGGAGCAGGUGUCCGACAGUCAGGUGCUCCUGCGCAGCCGAAUCCUCAGAGAGAACGGGAAGUACAUCCCCCGACAGUCGUUUGCUAUGAGGAAACAUUAUUUCAACAACGCAGAGACCGGCUUCUUCAAGAAGGUCAAGAGGAAGGUCGUCCCCAAGAACCCCAUGACAGACACCAGCAUGUUGACGGACAUGAUGAAGGGAAAUCUGACCAACGUCCUGCCAAUGAUCGUGAUUGGUGGAUGGAUCAACUGGGCGUUCUCUGGAUUCGUCAUCACCAAAGUUCCGUUUCCUCUGACUCUGAGGUUCAAACCGAUGUUGCAGCGCGGGAUCGACCUGCUGUCACUGGACGCCUCCUGGGUGAGUUCGGCGUCCUGGUACUUCCUGAACGUGUUUGGACUGCGGAGCAUGUACAGUCUGAUCCUGGGUCAGGACAACGCUGCUGACCAAUCACGGAUCAUGCAGGACCAGAUGACGGGCGCUGCCAUGGCGAUGCCGCCGGACCCCAACAAGGCUUUCAAGAGCGAGUGGGAGGCGCUGGAGAUCGUGGAACAUAAGUGGGCGCUGGAGAACGUGGAGGACGAGCUGAUGUCCAGAGACCUGAACUUUGGAGCUCUCUUCAGCCAGGACCUCAAAUCCACCAUGUUCUAGAACGAAGAGGAGCAACCCACGAGCUCUGGAACGUUUGGGGAACGUUUGUAGGACGUUUGUAGGACUGGAACAUAGUUUACACAAACUGGUUAACGGAGCGAAGCUGUCAGAUCUCCGUCAGGCACUUUUUACCUUUUUACGAGCUCCAAAUUCAAAGUGUGUAAAAGUGCCUUCUGGAUGAAACGCACCGCGGACAGAAGCUCAGAAUAAAAACAGUAACGACAACAAAACUUUCCCAGAGCUUUCUCUCAUGGUCUGCUUCAUUUAAACGUUUGUAGUUUUCAUGCAGUCUGUUCCAGAUUUUCGAACAUUUGAACAGUCGUCGCUCGGCGGCGCCGUGCAGCACUCGACUUCUAGAAAAGUUUCCAAACGUUCCAGAGCACCGGGUUUGUUUGAGUGAACCAGCAGAUUCUGCACCAGACGAAUCCUCUCAGGACGACAUUAGAGACGACCCGGACGUUUGUGUGCGGAGCUUUUUAAAACGACGGCGUGUUCGUGUUCUCAGCCUGCAGGACGGAACUCUUUGCAUGUACUUUUUCUACACUGUGGUUGUCCAGCUGAGACAGCGACAACGUGAAGAGUGACACGGUUUAAUAAAGGUGCCAUCAAAAUAA